GGAUUACAAAUUUGUACAUUCACUACACAGUGAACACUGGCUACUAUGCUUUAGUUUUCAUCUUCACGACAGGAAUCUUCAUCAUGAUCGUCACUAAAGUCGUUCAGGCCAGAAACAUAAAAGCUGUCGAUGGCAAGAGAAAGACGUUCAGAAAGCAUCUGACGAUGGUGUUGAGUUUGUUCCUGCUCUUCGGUCUGACGUGGUCUGUGGCGUUCUUCAGUUAUGGACCGAUGCUCGUUCCCUCAUAUUACAUAUUCACUGUGCUGAACUCAUUUCAGGGGUUUUUCCUCUUCGUGUAUUACUACCACAUUCACAAUGACGUUUCGGGUAGUUUCUCUGAUGAUCCAGACAGCACAGACUCCAACACAACCAUUGCUUAAUCCAGCAUCAAUGCUGUAGACAAUAUUAAUCACCAACAUAAUUAAGACUGAACGCUUUCUUUGUCUCUGACUUUUUCUCUCUUAGACAAAAAUUACCUUAAAAAGUGUCAUUUUA